UCUGUAAUCUGUCAGUAAUGUGGGUUCUGUGUAGUGUGAGGUCUUGAAAAGCUCUGACCAUCCUGCUGCUGCCGGUUUAACUCUCUUUAACAAUGUGGUUUUUUGAUUUUUUGCUGGGUUUUGACCUCAAGGGGCUAUUCUUGUUUAUAUUUAUCUUUAUCCUAAUAGCAGACUUCCUCAAAAACAGGAAUCCUCCAAAUUAUCCUCCAGGACCGAUGGCUCUUCCAUUUGUAGGGAAUCUCUUCAGUGUGGACAGUAAACAGCCAAACAUUUAUUUUACCAAGCUGGCUGAGCUCUAUGGCAAUGUGUUCAGCGUUCGCCUCGGCAGUGAAAAGAUGGUGUUUGUGUCUGGGUACAAGAUGGUGAAGGAAGCCUUAGUGACAAAAGCCGACAACUUUGUGGAUCGACCAUACAGUGCAACGGCUGACAGGGUGUACUCAGGAGACUCAGGUGGUCUGUUCAUGAGCAAUGGUGAAACAUGGAAAAGACAGAGACGCUUUGCCUUGUCUACAUUACGCACCUUCGGCCUGGGCAAAGGUACCAUGGAGCAGAGUAUAUGUGUGGAGAUCCGACACCUGCAGGAGGAGAUAGAAAAGGAGAGAGGUGAACCUUUCAACCCAGCAGGCCUCUUCAACAAUGCUGUGUCCAACAUCAUUUGUCAGCUGGUGAUGGGGAAACGCUUUGACUACAGUGACCACAACUUCCAGAUCAUGCUGAAGUAUAUAUCUGAAGUCUUUAGGCUGCAAGGCUCUGUAUGGACUAUGCUCUAUGAGGCAUUUCCUGGAGUGAUGAAGCACAUGCCAGGUCCUCACAACACAAUGUUCAGCAGCUAUAAUGCCAUCCUCGACUUCAUCAGCCAGGAGGUAAAGAGCCACAAGAAGGACCUGGACCCCAGCGAUCCGCGGGACUACAUUGAUGCUUUCAUCAUUGAAAUGGAAAAUCACAAAGAGACGGACCUGGGCUUUACUGAGGCCAAUCUGGCUGUGUGCUCUCUGGAUCUGUUCAUGGCUGGAACUGAGACAACUUCCACCACUUUGCUGUGGGCUUUGAUUUACCUCAUCAAAAACCCUGAGAUUCAGGACAAAGUCCAGGCGGAGAUAGACAGAGUGAUCGGACAGACCCGACAGCCCAGUAUGGCAGACAGACCCAACCUGCCCUACACUGACGCUGUCAUCCAUGAGAUCCAGAGGAUGGGAGACAUUGUUCCUCUUAAUGCACCCAAAAUGGCCACCGAGGAUACGACACUGGGUGGUUACUUCAUACCCAAGGGUACGACCUUGAUGUCCAACCUGACCUCUGUGCUGUUCGACAAGACUGAAUGGGAGACUCCAGACACCUUCAACCCCGGACACUUCCUGGAUGCUGAGGGAAAGUUUGUAAAGAGAGAAGCCUUUCUGGUUUUCUCUGCAGGGAGACGUUCGUGUCUCGGAGAAGGCCUCGCCAAGAUGGAGCUGUUCCUGUUUCUGGUUGCUUUACUACAGAAGUUCACUUUUUCCGUUCCUGAUGGAGUAGAGCUGAGCACAGAGGGAAUAACUGGGAUAACACAUGUACCGCACCCCUUCAAGGUUUACGCCAAGGCUCGCUGAAUUUUGCAACAUCGCACUGUGUCAUUUUUCAUCCAACCAGUGCCAUAAUUGAUGGUUGUUUUUAAAAGUAAAAUACUGCUUCAUUUAAACAGAUAUUAAACUAACAUUUUAUUUUUGUGGACAAUGUAUAUACAGUCUAUGGUUUUCACAUGCUUAGCAUGACAUAAGAAAUAAUAAACCCAAAGGAGUGUCUAGAGUGGCAAAGUAUUAAAUCAGAAUUUGCAGAAGAGAAUGACACAUCGACUGACAGGUCUGUCACUCAACGUUAGCACAUGAUGUCCCUGUCUGCCCCAUCUGUCCCUGUCUGCCCCAUCUGUCCCUGUCUGACUGCAUUCUUAACCUGCAUAAGAAAAUAAACCUCGUAGCACACCUUGAAUUAUGAACAAGCGGUCCCUCCUAUCACUAGGAGGCAAGUGGCAGUCAGCGUCCGACUUCGGCCGCCAGCUGAAAUUCCCUGCAGAGAUCACCAUGUCAUCUCUACGUCCAGACACCAUGCUCUGGUCAGCUCCCGCCAGAACAGUUAUUAUGAUAGAGCUGACCCUCCCAUGGGAAGAAGAGAUGGAGGCUGCAUAUGAGAGAAAGGAGGAGAGGUACGUGGAACUGUCAGCCACAUGCUCGCAAGCUGGGUGGAGAGCAUGCACUUUCCCAGUGGAAGACAGGUGCAGGGGCUUCACUGGAACAUCCACACAGCGGCUCCUGAAAACGCUCAGAGUUUCAGGUCCCACAAGAAGUGGGCCCUCCAAGAUCUGGUGGAGGAGGCAGAGCAAGGGACCUUUUGGAUCUGGCUCCGGAGGAAGGACAAGGCGUGGGGAAAGGAAGGAUCCUAAGCAGGCUGCAGGGGGUGGUAGAGAGACGUCCCUACUGAUGUUCCGGGAAUAAUGGGGCGAAACAUCUGAGAAGGGUGGCUCCCUGCUGAUGACCCUGCACAAUGGCACCGUCAGAGGUGCGACAGGCACCUCUGUGCUUACAUCUCCUGAUAUUACUGAGGUCUGCUGCUAAAGUCAGCGUUAUGUUUCACUCAGUAGAACUCAGAUUUAAUAAAGCAGCAGUUAUAAAAUUGUGGAGACAAGCAGAGAUUUAUUCACUUCACAUGGAGCUAAAAUUAAUUCUGAAUUAUGUUAACUGUUUGCCGAAUGUCUUAGUGUCUGUUUAUGAGUUGUAGGAAGUCAUAAAUCGUCAAUUAGAAGUAGAUGUUUACUGUAAGUUAGCUUGGGCUCCGUUAGAUUUAACAAUAUGCAAACGUAGCAAGGUAAGCUAAUCGCUAACACACUUGUUUUAAAAGGAAAACAACCAAUGCUUUGAGUCGGCUGUCAGAGAUAUCAGAGGUAAUAUCAUGUUAUCCUGUAGCAGGUGUAACAGGUGGUGUGUUUCACGUGUUUUACUUCCAAAUCACUUCAGAAAAGAGGAUUAGCAUACCGUUAGGUACGGUUAUGGGUGGCAGUAGCUCAGUCCAUAGGGACUUGGGUUGGGAACUGGAGGGUCACCUGUUCAAGUCCCUGUCCGGACAAAAUAUGGAGCGUGGACUGGUGGCUGGAGAGGUGCCAGUUCACCAACUGCCCUUGAGCAAGGCACCGAACCCCCAACCGCUCGGGGCACCUGUCCAUGGCAGCACCCUCACUCUGACAUCUCUCCACUUUGUGCAUGUAUAGGUCCUGUUUGUGCAUGUGUGUGUAUUUCAGACGGAGCGAAAAAAUUGAAUUUUACUUUAUUUUAUUUGAUUAAUAAAGUAUAUAUAUACAUUG